AUGCCUUUUAACCAUUUCGCGUUAAACUCCGUUCCUAUAUUUUCUUUUUUUACUUUCUUUUUCAUUUCCUUCUUUUCUCUCCUCUCACCUGAAAGUCGUUUUUAUCAACGCUUUAUUUUUUUCUCUUUCUUUUCUUCCUACACUCUCCUUAUCAACACUCUCCAUCUCCCUCUAUCUCUAUAUUACGUAACUCAAAUCUCAUUCUAUUUAAUUUUUUACUUCUUUAAAAAAAAGAAAAAGAAGAAACCUUUCUUCCUACCCUUCCUACGGAUUUUAUUAUUUUAUUUUUCUCUCUCCAAGUCUUUACUUUCUUUAAAAAAUUAUUUCUUUUUUCACUUUCUUCUCUUUCCAGAAUUUUCAUUCCUUCUUUUUCACCUUACUUUUUACUUUUUUCAGUUUCCAACUUUUUCAUCAUUUCUUCAUUGCCUUUCAAAAAUGUUUACAUUCUUUUUCUUUCAAAUAUUUUCAUUCUUUACUCGUUCUCUUUGUAAAGGUUGCACGUCUUUCUUUUCUAGUUCUCCUUUCUUCAUAAAGUUUUCAUUCUUUCUUUUAUUUUUCCAUUUUUCACUGCCUUUCUCUUUUAAGCUUGCCCAGCUCUUUUUGCAUUCAAAAAUGUCACAAUGUUUUAAUUCAAUAUCUAUCUAUAUCUCUGACAUGAGUUUUUAUUUGCUUUCUGUUUUCUCGUUUUAUCACUUUCCGCUUUUUUUUUUUAUUUUUGCUUUUUCUUUCGAAUGUUUUCACUCAUUCAAAUUUUUCAUUAUUUCAUUUUUUUUUUCUCUUUCAAACAUUUCCAGUCUUCAUUCACUUUCCGAUUUCUUCAUUCGCAUCCCCUUUUUCGCACCAUAUUUUGUUCAUUUUUCUCUUUACAUGGCGCAGAAGAUUUGGCUUUUCUUUUUCUUGUUUUGCCGUCUUUUUUCUUUCUAUUCAAUUCGCAGACGCCAACAUCAAGUUUGGUACGUGUCUCUUUUCUUUUCUAUUAGGAAUGUGGUUAUUUACUUAUUUACUUAA